AUGGCAGCAACGCUGGAUUUUAGGACCCACGCCGACCAGUCUUGCAGAUAUUCCGAAGAGUUUGUCAGCAUUUACUACGACUGCAUGGACAAGAAAAGGAGGAACCUGACCCGGCUCUACCUGGACAAGGCGACCCUGGUGUGGAACGGGAAUGCGGUUUCCGGACUGGACGCCCUGGGCGAGUUUUUCGAGUCGCUUCCCUCGAGCGAGUUCCAGGUUCAGACUCUGGACUGUCAGCCAGUUCACGAACAAGCGACGCAAGGCCAGACCACUUUGCUGGUGGUCACAGGUGGGACGGUCAAGUUCGAAGGGAACAAGCAGCGUUUCUUCAACCAGAACUUUCUUCUCACCGCUCAGGCGACGCCCAACAAUGACCAGCCGGUCUGGAAGAUUGCCAGCGACUGUUUCCGAUUUCAAGACUGGAACAGCUGA